AUGAUGACCCAAAUGCAGUGUAUCGCUAAACUGAUCUCACAUCUCACACCAAUAUUAUGUUUGCCGUCCUCAUUUAAUUACUCUGCCCUGGACAAGAACGGUUACAAUCCGGAUGAAGCAGGUUUACUGAAGGAGGUUGGUUCCUUAAAUGUGGCACGUAAGUGGGAUGUGUCUGUAUGUUCAUAUGAUGGCCUUUGCGAGUGCAAUGAACAACCACUGGCAAAGCCAUUAAUCUUCCAUUGGAAUUACAGUAUGAUCUAUGGGUAUAUUCCUGCUCUUGCUCCUGCUAUAUAUAGCAUAGUUCUUUAUGGAGAAUGUUACCCGACCCAUUUCAGCCGUCCGGGUAGCCAAAGGAAGCGUUUGAAAGGCAGAGAUUUGAUUGUAAUCUGUGCACGGUUGUUCGGCUACGAAUCUUAUAAAUGUUAUGAUGAUGAAAAUAUUGCUGAUAACAUUAAUCUGAUCUGCGCACUGUAUUUGUUGCUUAGAGAAACUUUGGAACUUCCAAUUCAGCUAACAUCACCACUAUAUGAGGAACUAAUUAAACUUACAUCCGGCGAGACUUGCUUUUAA